AUGGCAGAGCCCCAACCCUCCAGCGUCCAUGAAGGCAUGGACCGCGAAGACCCCGCCCCCCUCCCCACCUCUGCCGAAGACCGCAAAGCGGCCGCCGCCAUGUCCUCCCUCGAAAGACGCGGUGGCGAUGACGACGAUGCUGCUACGAAACCUAACAAAGAAAUCGACCAAGAAGCCCUUGGAAAGGCUAUAAGUAGGCUGGAGUUAGCAGACAAAGCUGGCACGGUUGCUGCAGGGGAGAAGAAAACGAAGGAGAAAGAGGAAGUUGAGAAGAGGGCGAAGAUCAAGGUGGAUCAGGCGGAUGUGACAUUGCUGGUCGAAGAAUUGGAUUUGACUAAGGGGAAAGCUACAGAGCUGUUGAAGGCGAAUGACGGGGAUGCGGUCAAGGCUAUGAGGGGGUUUGUAAGGGCUGCGGCUUGA